UCGUACAGAAUACAGAUACUCAAACACGAACUAGUUGGAUUUCCGGGAGAUCAAAGAAGAUAUACAAACGUUGUUAUCGUGUCUGAAGUCUCACUUCUCUUAACAAGCUCGUUUAUAUAUAUAGCUUUUACAAGAUAAGAAUCAUGGUACCACCACGAAUGAAGAUGGCAAUCACAGAAAACCCCAAAAAACUAGCCAAUUUAAUUGACCUUGUUAAUUUACCUACCCCGCUACGGGACUUCUUGGGGCAGUCUCAGAUCUCUCGUUUGGGCUGUUUCAUGCGGGUUUGGUCAUACAUCAAAACCAAUAAUCUCCAGGAUCCAAAUAACAAAAACAUAGUCAACUGUGAUGAAAAGUUGAGGAGUAUUCUGCUGGGCAAGUCACAGAUUGAGCUGAUUGAGCUUCCUGUGCUCAUCAAACUGCAUUUUCCCAAGGAGCCAAAAUAAGUUUCAAGAUGUGACAGUUUGUACCUUUAAUAUAGUAUUAUGGUGCAUAAUUGAUUGUACUAUAAGUUCUUUGUGAGUUUUAACAUGACCUUUCUCGGUUUAGCAUUCCUCCUAUUAUAAUUUAAAGUCUUAUUUAUAUGGUC